AUGGCCAACCCCACAGAAACCCAGAUCCAGCGCGAACGCGACUACGAGCGCUUCAAAAAUUACACCGCUUACGGUUUUCUUGUCGCGGCACCUAUCAUCAUCGCCCUCCCACCACGCAGACUUGACCUGAACACCGUCGCACUCGCCAGCGCCUUCGCUUUCUCCGCCAAUCAUGUCACACGCGAACGUACAGGACGCAGCAUCGUCGAGCGAAUUGAGGCCCGAAUCUCCACACGCCCUGGUAUCAUGCGCGACCUGCCGAGCGGUCGUGCCGAAGAAAUUCAGUCCAAAUUGCGGGCGGCGCGGGAUGCGCAAAUGCAAAACGCCGCAGGUGAGGAGUUGGAAAAACUCAAGGCUCGCCAGAAUCAGGAACAGGGUGUUGUUGAUCGAGUGUGGAUGGGCGGGGAGUCGGUUGGCUGGAAGGAGCGCCGGCUAAGAGAGGAACAGAAGGCCAUUGAGGAGGGGAAGGGGUAUGGUGAUUUGAUCAUGGAUCAUAUCUGGGACGUAUGGAACUGGGGCCGCAAGACUGAGGAGGAUGACGAUGACGAUGAGUGA